AUGUUCCUGCGUACGUACCGCCGGUCGCCCCAACGGCGGCUGCUGAGGGCGGUCGUCUUCAUUCUCGGAGCCUUGUUCCUGCUUGACCUGCUCACCCUCCUCAAACACCACCGCGAGUUCUCCAGAAACCUCGUUGCCCACUCCUACCCGGAGCUGUCGACCUUGCCCUCCCCGCUGCAAAACCAGAAGAUAUUCAUCUGUGCUCAGUUCUGGACCAGUGCCAAAAUCAUACAGGACCGCUGGGGCCAGGCCCUGCUCGACCUCAUCGGCGUGCUGGGCAAGGACAAUGUCUACGUGAGCAUCUACGAAAGUGGAAGCCUCGACGACACCAAAGCCAUUCUCCAGUUCCUGGACAAAGUCCUGGCUGACAACAAUAUCCCACGCACCGUCAUUCUCGAUCCCACCACCCACGCCGACGAAAUCAAUGCCGGCCCGCUUGACGAGCAGGGCAACCCGCGCCCAGGUUGGAUCCAGACCACGACGGUGGGCGCGGGCAAGGAGAUGCGUCGCAUCCCCUAUCUGGCGAGGCUGCGGAACAGAGUUCUCCAACCUCUGUUCAAUCUACACUCCAAGGGCCAGACCUACGAUAAGAUCCUCUUCUUGAACGACGUCGUCUUCCGUCCUAGCGACGUGCUGUCCCUCCUGGCCACCAAUCAAGGCUCCUUUUCUGCCGCCUGUGCUCUGGACUUUCACUAUCCUCCCGCAUAUUACGACACCUUUGUUCUUCGGGAUAGCCAAGGCAAUGGAACCAUCAUGACGUCCUUCCCAUACUUUGAGUCUCCUGACUCGAGAGAGGCGAUGCUUCAAGGCCGUGCGGUCAAAGUCCGCUCGUGCUGGAACGGUAUGGUUGCAAUGGACUCGAGCCCCUUCUACGAAGGUCUCCGGUUCCGUGCUUUGCCGGACAGUCUGGCGUCCAAACAUGUCGAAGCCAGCGAAUGCUGUUUGAUUCACACGGACAUGGCGGCCAUGAACAUGGCAGGCAGCGGCGUCUACCUGAACCCCGCCGUCCGCGUCGGCUACACUGUCGAGGCAUACAACUCAACCCACACCGAUCCAGAUGGGACCUUCGUCUCAUCCACGCAGUACGUCAGCGGCGUAUGGUCGAACCGCAUCAAGCGCAUCCUGGCCCCUCGAGUGACGAAGCAAGCCAAGGAAGUGGCAAAGAGAAUGGAGCGCUGGACCAGAGAGAGCAAAGACUCACUCGAAAAGCGCGAGGAGAACGGCCAACUGUGCAUCAUACCCGAACAGCACAUUUUGAUCUGGAAUGGGUGGAAGCAUACUUGA